CCUUCCCCUCUCAACCACAAAUUACUGAAUAUUAAGGAAGGCACAGUCCGUGGACUGCUUUCUGACUCAGCAGGGGAAUUAAAGCGACUCUGCAGCUGUUAGGAAGAAAUUUCAAGUUUCCCUUUCCAAAGCCUAACAUAAGCAUUCCUAAUGGCUAAUGAGGCUCAGCCUUGCCCAUGUGACAUUGGGCAUAAGAUUGAAUAUGGAGGCCUGGGAUGUGAAGUGCAAAUUGAGCACAUCAAAGCUUAUGUUAGCCAACCACCAUCCAACACAGACAAAGCUGUGAUUGUUGUUCAAGAUAUUUUUGGCUGGCAGAUGCCCAACACCAGAUAUAUGGUUGAUAUCAUUGCAGCCAAUGGAUACACAGCAAUCUGCCCAGACUUCUUUGUAGGGAAAGAACCUUGGUGCCCAUCUGAUGACUGGUCUACCUUCCAAGAAUGGAUGAAAACAAGAAAUCCUAGAAAUACUGAUAAAGAGGCCAAUGUUGUUCUUAAUUAUCUGAAAGAGAAGUGUCAUGCCCAGAAAAUCGGUAUUGUUGGAUUCUGUUGGGGUGGAAUUGUUGUACAUGAUUUAAUGAUGAAAUACCCAGAAUUAAAAGCAGGUGUCUCAGUCUAUGGCAUUAUCAGAGAUUCUGAAGAUGUAUAUAGUUUGAAGAAUCCUACCCUCUUUAUUUUUGCAGAGAACGAUGCUGUAAUUCCUCUUGAGCAAGUCACUCUGCUGACACAGAAGCUUAAAAAACACUGCAAAGUUGAUUAUCAAGUUAAAAUAUUUCCUGGGCAAACUCAUGGAUUUGUGCAUCGCCAGAGAGAAGAUUGGAAUCCUAAAGAUAAACCAUAUAUUGAAGAAGCAAGAAAGGAUCUUAUCAACUGGCUGAACAAAUAUAUUUAGCCAGUAGCAAGAUAUAGCUUUUUCAAAUUACUUUCUUCCAAAAUUGAAUUAUUUACAAUUGACUUUCAGAAAUCUGGUGGUUCUAAAUACAAAUUUUACCUAGAAAUUUUAACUUCUAUUUCAAAAUUAUAUGCCUCAUUUAUUCAUUUAACAGUUAUUCUCUUCGUGCUUUAUAUAAUAAACAUAGCAGGAAAAAUAGAAAAAUGACUCUCCUCUUUAUACAAAGACAUCAUUUCUUCUUUGCAGUGAACUUAAAACUAUGUUAAAAAGCAACCUAUUACACGAAAAUUAUUACCCAAAGGUAUUUAUAAAAGAGAAUGUUUGAUUUGUAGAACUUUUGAGUAACAAAGUGAAGUGACAAACUUUUUAGGAGACCUUGGACAGGGUCAACCUGCCUGAGUAUAAAUUUAUCAUGACCUUUCAACUGUUAUUGCCUUGCUUAUAGCAUUUUUUUUUAAUAAUUCAUAUUUACAAAAAGUUUUUUUUAAAACCAUAGAUCUCAUAGCUAUGCAAGGAGUUAUGACAGUUUCUAUAAAUUUCUAGGUACCCAGGUGCUACUGAAUAUACUAAUAUUCUGUCUUGUACUUUGGGCCUCAUGUCAGAGAAAUGAGUGCAUUGCUAGAACAUCACAUCACUGGAAAUUUAGUGGGUGGAGAAGGAAAUGGCAGAUGAGUCCACUUUAUGAAAUGAUCAUAGCUUGCAAACAAUCCAUUUACAAUCUUGAUGAAAAUUAAGUUUAUUAUGAUAAUCAUCCAGGACCAUGCCUUUUGAUUAUUACAAAUAGCCAUCUGUGAAAAACAAAAAGAAAACUGAAACACUCAGAACAGACUAAAAUAUAGUUUUAAACAAAAUUUUAUCCCAAUUUUAUGAAUUACCUAUUUGAAUUCUGAAGAUUUUGGGGGGCUAAUCAAUUUUUAGUCUAGGACUUCAAUAACCUUCAUCUAGAUAUUUAAGUGUUCAAUGUGUACACCUGCAUUUAUUUAUAUGAAAACCUUUAUUCUCAAAACUUUUAUCUGCCAUGUAAUUUUAAUAACACACACACACACACACAAGGUAAGCAGAAGCAUUCAUAUUUCACAGAUGUGUAAAUUUAAGCUGUGUGUGUGCACGAGCAUGCAUGUAUGCAUAAGAUCAAUUGAUGGUCACAAGUGAAGGAAACAAUUAUGAUCCUGUCCAAUGUUCAAUGCUCUUCUGUCACUACUUUUGGUUCCUGAAUGCUAUAUUUUACUAAAUAUGUAUACUUUUACCUCCUCCGCUUUUGAGUGCUAGGGAAGUAAAGAAAGAGGAAGGGAAAUAAAGGUAGAGGAUUCCCAAGUCUGGAGUUGAAAGGCUUCUUUGGAUAGUAAAUACUGUGCUUUAACCAAAA